AUGUAUGCCAAGGAGAUGGAUUUUAUACCAAUUAUUUGGAUAGUCAUUUUAUGCUGGACUGGGGCUGAUUCUGUUAUUAAUUUGAAAUACUCGAUAAACGAAGAGCAGAAGGCUGGGUAUAUCAUUGGAAACGUGACAAAGGACGCACAAACGCAAGGAUUUGCCAUUGCACCGCGGGCGCCGUACUUGCGGGUCAUCUCGAAUUCAGAGCCGCGAUGGGUGGAACUCAGCCCGGCUGGACUUCUCCUCACACAUCAGAAAAUAGACCGGGACGUGGCUUGCCGACAGACGGCAAAGUGCACUGUCUCUUUGGAGGUGAUGUCAAACUAUAUGGAGAUAUGUGUAAUUAAAGUAGAAAUUGUGGAUUUGAACGAUAAUGCGCCCAGAUUCCCCACAAACCACAUUGACAUUGAAAUCUCAGAGAAUGCCUCCCCUGGUACCAGGUUCCCCCUAGAGGGGGCAAGCGAUCCGGACUCGGGGAUCUUCAGUGUGCAAUCAUAUUCGAUCACCCCGAAUGAGCUCUUCGGGCUGGAGAUUAAGACUAGGGGGGACGGGUCCAAGAUUGCCGAGCUCGUAGUGCAAAAAUCUUUAGAUAGGGAGACCCAGUCUCACUAUUCAUACGAAAUCAGUGCAGAAGACGGUGGAGACCCCCCAAAGAUUGGCGCAGUCCAGCUCAAUAUUAAAGUAAUAGAUUCGAAUGAUAAUAAUCCAGUUUUUGACCAGCCUGUGUAUACAGUGAACGUGAUGGAGAAUUCUCCUAUUAAUACACUUGUAAUUGACUUGAAUGCAACAGAUCCUGAUGAGGGAACUAAUGGUGAGGUUGUGUACUCGUUUAACAGUUACGUCACCGAUAAAACGAGAGAGGUAUUCAAAAUUGACCCUAGAACCGGUAUUAUCACUGUUAAUGGCCCUUUGGAUUAUGAAACAACCCAUAUUUACGAGAUUGAUGUCCAAGCCAAAGAUUUAGGUCCCAAUUCUAUUCCGGCUCAUUGUAAAGUCACUGUAAAUGUGAUGGAUGCGAAUGAUAACCCACCUGUCAUUAGUUUAUUGUCUGUGAACACAGAGCUGAUUGAAGUUAGUGAGAACGCGCUUCGUGGAUAUGUUAUUGCAUUAGUGAGAGUCUCAGAUAAGGACGCGGGCGCAAAUGGUAAGGUGCAGUGUAGACUACAAGGCAACGUUCCUUUCAGACUCCAGGAAUACGAGAGCUUCUCAACCAUCCUUGUUGAUGGUAGGCUAGACAGAGAGCAGAGGGACACCUACAAUCUAACUAUCCAAGCAGAGGACAGUGGCACCCCCCCUUUACGCGCCACUAAAUCGUUUGUAGUGAAAGUCACAGAUGAAAAUGACAACCCUCCCCACUUCCUAAAACCCCAUUACCAAGAGAUGGUCCUAGAAAACAACCUGCCAGGCUCAUGUUUGCUGGCUGUGUCAGCUGUAGAUCCCGAUUUGGGCAUGAAUGGCACAGUUUCAUACACCAUCGUGCCCAGUGAGAUUAAACACAUGGACGUAAACACAUAUGUCAGCAUAAAUCCUUCAGGGCGUAUUUAUUCCAUGAGAUCAUUCGACCACGAGUACACUAGGACUUUUGACUUCAAAGUUUUGGCUAGGGACCAGGGGAAUCCGUCCUUAUCCAGUAAUGCGACGGUGCGCAUUGUCGUUUUGGAUGUGAAUGACAAUACACCUGUUAUGACCACUCCACCCCUGGUAAAUGGCACCGCGGAGGUAUCCAUUCCACGAAACGCAGGAGUGGGUUACCUGGUGACCCAAGUCAAGGCCGACGACUACGACGAGGGGGAGAAUGGAAGGCUGACCUAUACCAUCUCGGAGGGAGACAGGCUUUUCUUUGAGAUCGACCAAGUGAAUGGAGAGGUGCGGUCCACCAAGAUGUUCGGGGAGCAAGUCAAGUCGACCUACGAGAUCACCGUGGUGGCACGCGACCAUGGGAAACCGUCGUUGUCGGCCUCGGCAUAUAUUGUUGUCUACCUCUCACCAGACCUGAACGCCCAGGAGUCUAUUGGACCCGUAAACCUGUCGUUGAUCUUCAUCAUUGCCCUGGGCUCUAUUGCUGCUAUCCUGUUUGUCACUAUGAUUUUUGUGGCAGUCAAGUGCAAAAGGGAUAACAAGGAGAUCCGAACGUACAACUGCAGGUACUGAAAACAGCUCUUCAUAACCAUCUCAUUAGUUUGGUGUUUCAGUCAGUCAUGGUUAUAGGCCUAAUAUUUCUUUUAUUCCUCCAUAUAGGCCUACAUCUAUGCAUUUUGGUACCCAUUCAGUGGUGCGCAUAAUUGUGGUGUGUGUGUGUGUGUGUGUGUGUGUGUGUGUGUGUGUGUGUGUGUGUGUGUGAGAGAGAGAGAGUUGUUCAGGCUGGUCUUGAGUGCACGUAGCUGUAUUUCUAGUGCAUGUUCAGGGCCCCGAAUGUUAGGCGUUACUAAGGAAUGCAGGUGCCCAGAAAUGAUAAGCAAAAAUGGCUUAUGGACUCCUAGAGUGUCCUUGCCUUAUUUAUUUUUGCAAACCCUCACCAUUACCUAGGACUAAUAAUCUUGGCUAGAUGAGGACAAUUAGCUGAAUUUUACAGCUAUUGAAUUUAUGGUGGAUGUUAUUCCCAAAGGUUCAAAUGGAUGUUCUAAAGGAGACAGCAUACCCUACCAUUCUGCGAGAACUAUGACAUAGUAAUGAUGAUAAUGAUAAUUAUUAUGUUAAUUAUCUAAAUAAUAUUACUACUGUUGCUAAUCAUAAUGAUGAAAGCAAAAAUGAUAGCCUAAUAAUAAUAAUAAUACAAUUAAUGCUAGAGGGACUAAUACUACUAAAACGAAUAAGUCAUACAUCUUUGAACCCACUAUGCCUCUACUCUAUGUAUGACAAUGCCUCAGAAGGGGACAGGCAUUAUUAUUUGGCACAUUAUUAUCUUGAUCCAUCAUAAUAAAAAUAUGCUUUUCUUCAUCAAUCUGUAAAGCAUCAGCUCCCCCUUUGAUUUCCUUGUGCUAGAUUACCACCUACCACUGUGGUACAUUACCACUUAAAAUGUCCAUAUAGAUUGCAUUUGUGAAUUUAACCUGAAGCUAUUAUCAUAUUUCAUAUUUUACACUGAACAUAAUUUUAGUUGUGCUGCUACGUCAGGCCGAUUCAAACGUGUGGCAAUUGGCUGACCCUGUAUGGUUCUUCCAUAUAAGUAGGGCAAAUGCACAUCUCAGAGUAAGCUCUAGUGGAUGAAGGUCUAUUGAUGAAAACGUUGGGUUGAGAUCCAUUAAACAUACUGUGAAACAGGGGUUCCCAACCCAGGGGGCGUGCCUCCCAUACGUGGCGCCAAUGUUUCAUGGGGGGCUCGGGACCUUCCUUGACCUUCCUUGAUCUAAAACUACGCAUAAAUCCGCAAUGCUUUAGGCUAGAAACAAGCUGUAAAAUGCCAGAGGAAGAUGGGACUCUGAUGCACAUGGGAGUAUUGGCUUGUCUCUAUGACAUUCAGAAGCUGAGCUACGACUUUCUAAAGUCCAGGAGUCAAAGAAAUUGGACUUUGCUUGAGAAGUAAUCUUAUACAAUGUGUGACUCUGUCACUAUCAAUUGAUCAAUUCACUUUCUGUCAAAGAGAAUAUGUAAAAUUAAGUUGAGGGUUCAUAGAAUUUAUAAUUUUAAAACAUAUCUGUUAUCAGAAUAACAUUUGGGUAAAUCGGUUCUAUGCUUAUUUUUUCCUUAUCUAUUAUUAUUAUCAUUAAAUAGCCUACCUAAAAUAUUUUACAUUUUACAUUUUAGUCAUUUUAGCAGACGCUCUUAUCCAGAGCGACUUACAGUUAGUGCAUAAAAUAUGUAAUGAGUCAUGUUAAACUACGUAGAAUUGCAGGAAAUGAGCUUCAAAACAACAUUUUCCUUGGUUCCUCAAAUUAAACAAAAUCAAAUUGGUGUUAUAUUUAAUAUAGGCUAUCUCAAUAAACAAUACUUAUUGAGGGGACCCUUGGGGAAAAAAAGGUUGAACCCCUGCUGUGAAGCAUAGCCUACAAGAAUGCCAUUGUGUUGCAGUUUCUUUUCAAAUAUUGAGUUUCUUCUACUCUGUGCGCGUAGAACUACAUAAGGUAUGCCGACAACUUUCUUUUUCAAAGUAUGGACUUUCUCAGGCACACAUGAUCAUGGAUAAUGGUUCAUAUUGGUCACUGUUGAUUUGAAAGCUAAAGCAGUCAUGGAUUGGCAAUAUCAAGUGAUGGUUGGUGAGAUAUCCACAUCAUGUUUCCCCUAUCCUUAUUCUUUAGAGAUGUAGAUUUGAUGAGGUUUUCACAUAGUGGGAGAGCAGUUUUACGUUCAAUAUUGUACAGUAUGCAUAGCACCUCUAGGGCCUCACUUGUUAUGUCACAUGGCUUCUAGCUUCAAAGUGACAUUGUUGUUAUCACAAACAGCACACAGACCGUAAUUAAUGACAUAGGAAUAAAAACAUCUGUUUGUUUUCUGAAAACCAAAUGCUCUUAGAGAGUGAGACAAAGGACUCUGGACAUAAAUUAUGUUAUUAAGCCAAUUUUAAGGGAAUUUAGGGCAUUUUAUAUUAUUUGUUUUUCAAAGAUGUCUGUCAUUGUCACAUUGAUAAACAUAAGCCUACCACAUUUACCAGCAUGCUCUUUCAUUUGGAUGUGACCCACAAUGCUCAAUUUCUCUAAUAAAAUACACAAGAAAACAACCAACCAAUCAAACAAACAACUAGGCUAAAUCAAAUAAUAUCUGCCCAACACUACCUAACCACCUAACCUUCCCUUUUAAAAAUCCUGUCUUGUAGCAUAAAAAUCCUCUUCCUGCCGGGUACUUUAAUCUAUAUUGAUGUGCAGUGCUCCUGAGUAGCUAGCUACCACCUCAAACCUAAGCAGUGCUUAUCUGCAAUUUAUUGCUCGUUCUCUUUGAGUCGGGAGGAUUUCUCCUGUCAAUUUUUCGAUUUUGGGCCCAGAAGUACUAGAGAGAACAAUGACAGAACGAUGCCCUCUCUUUUUUGACCCUCACAGUCUCUUCUCUCCCGUACUCAGACGAGAGAGCACGCAAGAGAGAGAGAGAGAGAGAGAAAUAACAGUUUUGAGAUGCCCUGAAAAAAAUAGAGUCCAAGGCUGCAAGUGGCAUUUUAUUUUCCAGAAUGAAGGCAGGGAGGAACAGACCCGGAGAGCAUCUGAAAGUCCCGUGUAGAGUUGGUAGAGCAUGGCGCUUGCAACGCCAGGGUUGUAGGUUCGAUUCCCACGGGGGGCCAGUAUGAAAAAUGAAUGCACUCACUAACUGUAAGUCGCUCUGGAUAAGAGCGACUGCUAAAUGACUAGUACAUUUUUUUUUUUUUAAAUGAAAAGGAGAACCCAUCCAGUAAACACUAAGGAUGGGGGAGUCCUACAUGGGCAUUUCAACAUAUGCAGCCAGGGCCUCAAGUUUUAUUAGAUGCAGUAUAGAAUCAUGAGUAAAUAACACACUCCAUCCAACCAGGGCUAAAAAUAGACUCUUGGAGAGUGGGAGUCCAUGCAAAUGUUCGACAUGUUCAAAACUCAGAGGAAUUCAAGGGUUUCUGCUUAAAACAGAAUGUCCCCUCGUAAGAAUUUGCAAGUUGGAUGGAGAAUGGAAAUUGUCUUCCUCCAGCCCGAGCAUCAGCAGCGUCCUUUCGAUAAAGAAUCUCCGGCUUUCUCAUUUAGGCUGAUUAGAAUCAAAAUGCUCUGCUCAAGUCAGGGGACAGCCACAGACACUAGGUUCUAAAUGAAUUUGAAUUGACAGUUCUCCUACACUCCAUAUUGCCAGUGGGCCUCGCUUGGUAAUGAAAGAAAAAAGGGAAUUAAUGUUAGCAGUGGGGCUGUGCUUUAAAUAUGAUUGCAAAAUCCGGUUGGUGAUCUUCAGUAUUGUCUGUUGUCUUGUUGUUGCCGUGUUUGUGUGCUUUUGUGGUUUGGCAUGUUUGCAUUGUGUGUGCUUGUUGUUUGUGGGACAUGUUGACUGUGCCGAGCAUGCAAAAGUAAACAAAUGAGGGAUGACGGCUCCAUUGGUGGCAUGGGGAAGGCGGUCAGGCUUGGGUCCGGAGGAGGGGGUCACUUGAGCGUGGCUCCUCUCUCUCUACCCUGGAUGCCAACCAAUGAGCUGGCCCCCACCACUGGACACGGCGUGUGCAUGUGGGCGGGUAUGACAGAGCACUGCUUUAUUGAGUCUGUUCAGUUUCUUCUACUUGCGCAGGGUGGCGGAGUACUCGUACGGCAGCCAGAAGAAGUCGAGCAAGAAGAAGAAGCUGAGCAAGAAUGACAUCCGCCUCGUGCCGCGCGACGUGGAGGAGACGGACAAGAUGAACGUGGUGAGUUGCUCAUCUCUCACCUCCUCCCUCAACUACUUCGACUACCACCAGCAGAGCCUGCCGCUGGGCUGCAGGCGCUCCGAGAGCACCUUCAUCAACGUGGACAACCAGAACUCACGCAAUGCCGCGCCCAACCAUGGCAGUUAUCAGCAGCACUCCUUCGCCAGCGGGCAGGGCCCCCAGCAGCCUGACCUCAUCAUCAACGGCAUGCCGCUGCCAGAGGUGAGACCACACUUAGUUCGCUCUGAUCUGAUCUGUCCCUGCAGCUUGUUGCUGCUGUGCCAAUCUGUGCCAAUGCCCUAG